AAUUUAGACAUGUGCGAUACGCGCGGCCGCGGCGGGUCUGUGUGCUGGUGGUCUUGUUUUUGUGUGUGUGGGGGUUCUUUGUGAAACAAGGAUAUUUUUGUAAACUCGUAUGGUGGAAAGGUUUAAUUUUGUAUAUGAUUUGCCUUAAUUUUCAGGUUUUCUGUUAAAAAUGAUAACAAAUCCAUCUUCGAGUGAAAUUGAUGGGCAAACCGCAGCUUUUAAGGAGAAGAAGUUGGAAUGCAGUGUAGCAUCAACAGACUUGCGCAAGAUAGUCAAGUCCGAGUACAUGAGAAUAAGACAACAAAAGCGAAUUAAACGUGCUGAACAGGUCAAGAAUGCUUUUGCUUCAAAUCGAAGAUGGAUUGAAGCUGCCACUGAAAGACACAAUGCAGUAUGGCGAGAUAAACCAUUCCAGUCAAUCCACACAGCGGCAUCUUUUGAUCAGCUACCAGUCACACGAAGAUGCUCUAUUGAGAUGGGUAAUGGACUUGAAACCAAGACAGCACCUCUACACACAUUGAAUGCUUUAAGCUCAGUGCCUUUGGUAUAUACAUGGGCUCCACUUCAGCAGAAUUUCAUGGUUGAUGAUGAAACAGUAUUACAUAACAUUCCAUAUAUGGGAGAUGAGGUCUUGGAGCAGGAUGGAGCGUUUAUCGAGGAACUUAUAAAAAAUUAUGAUGGAAAAGUGCAUGGAGAAAGAGAAAAAAACUUUUUUGAAGAUGACAUAUUUGAAGAUCUUGUGAAAGCUGUUUCAGCUGCAAGAAAGGAAAUCAAAGAACCUAAUACAUCUGGACCAGGAAUACCUGAUAAUGAAGAAUCUUUGAAGAUGCCAGAUGAUAAGGUGUUUGAAGGAAUUCACAGUUUAUUUCCAGAGAAAGGCAGUGUAGAAACACUUAAAUCCAAGUAUCAGGAACUACUGGAGAGAGAAGACCCAAAUUCUCUACCUCCAGAAUGUACACCAAACAUUGAUGGUCCAGAUGCUAAGUCCGUUUCUAGAGAACAGACCAUGCACUCAUUUCAUACGUUGUUCUGUCGGCGAUGUUUUAAGUAUGAUUGUUUCUUGCAUCCCUACCAUCCCACUCCAAGUCAAACAAAACCAAAACCAGCAGAGGUCAAACGAGAAAGUGAAAUAUGUGGACCUGAUUGCUACAUGAAAAACGAGGUUGAAGACCCAAUUGCAUUAUCACCUGAACAAUGUUACCGUCCAUCAACACCUGUAAAACAAGCUGCAACAUCAAAGAACACUAAAGAAAAUGACGAUUUGAGCAGUAUUUUACAAAGUUGGACGGGAGCAGAGUGUUCACUGUUUCGUGUUCUCAGAAGUGUGUACCUGAACAACUACUGUGAUAUGGCUGCUCUAAUUCAAACAAAGACGUGUAAAGAGGUUUAUGAAUUUGCCCUGAAAGAGGGUGAUAUAAUUGACCUUCCACCUCAAGGCACACCGACUCCUCCAAGGAAAAAGAAGAGAAAGCAGAGAUUAUGGUCCAUGCAUUGCAGGAAGAUACAGCUAAAGAAAGAUAACUCUGGAAGUCAUGUGUACAACUAUCAGCCAUGUGAUCACCCCGGGAAGCCUUGUGACUCUGAGUGCAGUUGCAUCAUGCUCCAGAAUUUCUGUGAAAAAUUUUGCCAAUGUAGUCCAGAAUGUCAGAAUCGAUUCCCAGGAUGUCGAUGUAAGGCACAGUGUACCACCAAACAAUGCCCCUGCUACUUAGCUGUCAGAGAAUGUGAUCCUGAUCUUUGUCUUACCUGUGGUGCUGGUUCAUUUCCAGAAAAAGCAGACAGAGAAAAUAUCUCAUGUAAAAAUGUUGGACUUCAAAGAGGAUGGAAAAAGCACCUGUUAUUAGCACCAUCAGAUGUGGCAGGAUGGGGGAUUUAUAUCAAAGAAUCAGCACAGAAAAAUGAGUUCAUCUCAGAAUACUGUGGAGAGAUAAUCUCACAAGAUGAAGCUGACCGACGGGGCAAAGUUUAUGACAAAUAUAUGUGUAGCUUCCUUUUUAACUUAAAUAAUGAUUUUGUUGUUGAUGCCACUCGUAAAGGAAACAAGAUCCGCUUUGCGAAUCAUUCUAACAAUCCAAACUGCUUUGCUAAAGUAAUGAUGGUGAAUGGUGAUCACAGAAUUGGAAUAUUUGCCAAGAGAGCCAUACAUCAAGGAGAUGAAUUGUUCUUUGAUUACAGAUAUGGUCCAACAGAUGCUCUCAAGUAUGUUGGUAUAGAACGUGAAAUGGAUGUACCUUACAUUGCGGGAAAAUGAUACGUUGUCUGCAAAAGUACCUUGCAUGUAAUGCUGUGGUAAUGUCUAUCUUAAAAAAAUACCCUUUCCACCAAGCUAUGUUGAAGGGUCAGUUGUCGCUAUGACUAUUUGUCAUAUUUGUUACUGAAGAGAAGUUUAAAAACAGUAACAUUUGUAGAAAUAUUUAUGAUUUUUACGACAGGUAACAUUAGAUCCAUUUUUGGUCUCGUCUAACAGUUUGUAACUUAAUCCCAGCUUGGACAGGGCCUGUAGAUGCACUGAGAUGCAAUUUAUUGCCAGUUAAAAGCAGAAUCCCUCAACUCAGACCUUUUUCAUGGUAAAGUUAUGUGCUGCAGUUUGCAAUGAAAACAAUGCAAAAAAAUCUGAGAAAAAUAAAAAAAAACGAUUAACAACCUGGAACAUAGAUACUUUUUUUUUGUAAUUGAAUUCACUCCAAACGAGGCCCGGAAGACAUUUCUAGGUUAGGGGCUACUUAUUAAAGUAAUUAUAUUUAUAUGCCAUAAAAUGCUUGCUUUUAGCUCUAAAAAAAUAGUGUGAGCCACUUCACAGCUUGUCAAUGAUGUAAGCUGGGCUAUUUAAGCAUGCCUGGCCAAGAAUGGUCAGUGUGUGGUUUAAACUGCCGACCACAAAUUUAAUUAACCAGAGUGAAAAACUGCUGCGCCAAUCCGCCACCAAAACUUUUUGUCCAUCUCGUCGAUGUUUGAUCUUCUUAGUAAAGAACACACGCGAUAGGUCAAUUAAACAUGAUUAAUAUUUUCUUGACGACCUAUGACUGCUUCUGACACAGUUUCACGAUGAACAUGGUGCAGGCACAGGCAUGAUGCUAUGCAAAAGAAUGUCAGACUGUGUCAGCCGAUAUGUGUCAGUUGGGUUUUACUACUUUCAGAAUAUUUCUGAUAAAAUUCCGAAACAUAAGGAGGAUGUUUUACCUGAUUUUUGUGCUAUUGGUGGUUUUGCAAUCACCCAGAAAGCAGUUUAAAAUGGUGUUAAUAUGAAUUCAUCAUUACUCAUAUGUUUUUGUUUUUUUAGACAACUCAAAAUGAUUCCAUAUGUAAUUAUACAUAAUUUUGUUUUGGGUUUUUUUUUUUCUGUUUACUGUAUUCUCAUGGUUGGUUUAACUAAUUUACUUGUAGUUGUUUGGAAUCUCACACAGACACAUCCAACUUUCCCCUAAAGAAAACGAUUUUUAAACAGGUUCUCUUCAUACAAAAAAAAUAGCCUGUAUCGCUGCAACUGAUUCAGAGUUGCUCAUUCUUAAUCAUUAACAGUAGUAGCAUUUGUUUAUUACCCUCGUCUCUAUGUUAAGAAAAAUAUUAUAUGUAUCAUUAUGCAAUAACCUUUUUCCCUAGUUUUUCAUAUGCUUUACUUAAUAGUUUAUGUCGUCCAUAUUUUAAGAUUUCACUAUGCAUUCUAUUUUAUUUUGUCGACUUGUGAAAUUUUCAAUAAAUUGAGACUUUGUUUAUA